CAGAAAGAAGCUCGAGAAUUGAGACCCAUUGGAGAUCGUCAUCCACCUCAGCCACAGAAAGAAUGUAAAAGCUAUAUAGUCUACAGAGGAGAGAACCCUCAAAGAGAAAAACUCAAAAUGGCUUCAGGUAGCAGAGCAACUAAUGCUCACCAAACCCAACCCUUAGGGGGAAGCAGCGUCAAAUCCCAACGAGGAGACUCCAAGAGCAAAGCCAUUGCUCAGUUCACUGUAGACGCCCGCCUCCAUGCCAUCUUCGAACAGUCCGGCGAGUUCGAGGGGUGGUUAUAUACAAUCCUUUGGCUGUAUGAUCGCCGUCGACGAGUCUACCUUUCGGGUUAUUGCUUACAGCGAAAACGUCAUCGAAAUGCUCGAACUUAAUCCCCAGUCAGUCCCCAUUCUCGAGGAAACUCAGACCCUUACGGUUGGUACUGAUGUCCGGACGAUUUUUGCACCAUCCAGCUAUCAUCUUCUUGAGAAGGCUUUCGGUGCUCGGGAAAUCACGUUAUUAAACCCUCUAUGGAUCCAUUCCAAAAGUUCCGGUAAACGCCGCUGCUCUUCACGGAGAUCGAUCGCCGUUGCUCUUCACGGAGAUCGAUCGCCGCUGCUCUUCACGGAGAUCGAUCGCCGCUGCUCUUCAUGGAGAUCGAUCGCCGCUACUCUUCACGGAGAUUGGGAAUGGGUUAGGUCUCAAUUUGGGGAACAGGGUAUAAUACCGUAAAUGGGUAUUUUAGGUAGUUAACAUUUAGAAAGGGUAUUUUGGUAUUAAAAGAAAAAUAUAAUAGAUGACAUCAGCAUAUAAGGUAUAUUCCAUAACAGUGACUGACGGUAGGGGGUCUGA